AUGUCGGAAGAUGAGGCUGAGAGGCUCGUCAAAGAGAUGAUGAAAGGGUCCGGAAGCAAGGCAGCGGAUGCAGAAGACAGUGAUUCGGCAUCAGAAAAAGGCGACGAGAACAGCAGCGAGUCAGAAUCAGAGGAGGAGGACAAGAGCGAGGAAGCUGAGGAAUCUGAUGAUGAAAAGGAAUCCAGUUCUGAUGACAAGUCAGGUUCAGAGCCUGAGGAAAGCGAUGUAGAUUCCGAUGAAGAAACAGUUAAAGCAAAGGAAAAGCCACAGGUCGUCAGCAAGAAGCCAGAGAAGGCAGUUGGCACGAGGAAGAAGGUGGCCAGUGACUCUGAGGCCAGCGAUAGCGAGGUUUCUGAGGAGGAGCCCGAAGUUACCAAGAAGGCAGUCAAGAAGGAGAACCAGAAGAUCAGCAAGAAAGACAAGCAUGGGAAAAAGGAGGAUGAAAAGAGCAAUCCAAAGAAAAAGGAUGCCAGUGAGAAGAACAACAAGGCAGUGACCAAAUGUGAGACAAGCAGCAAGGAAAAGAAACGAGGAAGGGAGGAGGAUGGCAAGAAGGCAAAGAAUGUGGAGACCAAGCGUUCAAAGGACAAGCAGGGCAAGAAAGAACCAGAGAGCAAGUUGGAAGUUGCUGAGGCCAAGCUGGGAAAGAGUGCCACUACACCGUCUUCGUCAACUACAACCUCACCUACUUCGGCAACAGCAUCGGCAGAUAGCAGCAGCGAUGACAAGAUCAAUUCGAGCACUCACCACAAAGAGUAUCUUCGAUACCGACGGUGGAUCCGAAAUGGCAAAAGGUUUCCUACAGUCCUUGGAAGUAGACUCACUUCCGAAGAUGGACGUGCCAAGUUGUUCGUGGACUGGGUGAAGUGUGGUGGCGAUGUGGAUGCCAUCAUUUGCAAGCAUGAGGCCAGCCUUUCAGAGUCUCGCCAGAGCCAAGUCAAAUAUGGCUUCAGGAGCGAGAGAUGGCUGAAUGAAAAAUAUGGAGAAGAAAAAGCGAAGCGCAUCAUGGGGCGCAAAGUGAACCUUGGCUUGCUGAUCCCAGACCCCGAGGAGCCAGAGGACAACCUUUACUUCUGCCUGAUCGACAUCGACCUGAAGAACAUCAAUGAGCUCAAAAGGGUGACAAGCUUGGAAGCAAAGGGGCAGGUCUCUGAGGAAAUGAUCAAGGCCUUCACAGAGGCUGGGGGGUGCCUUGACUCCGGGGCUUUGAAAGGAGAGAUGGGCAACAAGGAGGGCAUGACAAAGGCCAUCACCUUCAUGGGUUCGGUUGGCAAAGUCGGUGAUGCAAAGAGCAAAGGCAAAAACAAGCGAGGCAAAGGUGCUUCGAAAGACCCUGACCAACCUGGAGAAGCUAAAGAAGUGAAAGCUGAGACCCCUCAAGCAAAGGCAAGGGCAUUGAUCACAAAGGUGUUGAAAGAUGCCAACACGGAUUUGUCCUUCCGUUUGAAGCCCCUCGAGAUGAGUGACCAACUCAUCAGCCAGUUGAAAGCUCUGCAGAACCAACUGGAGAAGCAAGCACGACGACUUCAGGAGUUGCUCAACGAGGACAAGCAGAAGCUCAAGCACUACACACCGGUGAUGCAGGAGGUUUUCAAUUUCCUGGCCCUGCAGAUUUCAAACCUCAAUGCGCUGGCCAAGAGCAAAGUGGAGCUUGGCAAGGCGCUGAUCCGUGCUGCUGAGAAGGCAAACAAAGGAGAUGAGAGUAAGGCCAAAGAAGCCGAUAGCAAAGGGCCGAAAGAUCUCGCUCCAGACCCCGGUCUCCUUGUCAUCUUCGAGAGCAUCCAGGCCAUCGCAAUCGACUCACCUCAAAGGGCCAGUUGCGAGCUUUCCGCAAUGAAGGAGAAAGGGGAAAAAAUUGGGUGA